AUGAAGCACGCCAGCAGCAUCGUGGAGACGCACUUCAAAGCAGCCACCAUUGCUCACAUGAAAAGGUCCACUAAAUUGUUACUGCAAAGGCACACGCCUCAAGGUGCGCUCACACUUGACCUUGACACGACUGACGCAGGUGUCCGUGAAGCACAUCGUUGGGACCAGACCUGGGCGUGCAACCACCAAGGUCGUGAGCACAUGGGAAGCACCGAUCGGCCAUCCCUCCCACAUGCGGUUGUCAGCCACGGUCAGCUCUGGCCAGGAAUGUGCCCAGAUAUCUUGACCCAAGCAGAGCCUGGGCAGGUUCCCUUUCCAGGUUUUGACCCGUCGUCAUCGGUGCAAAUUCCUUGGCUGCAGUGGCGAGGGAGGGCAGGCGGCGUACAAUACUCUUGCCCAUUCCUUACGGGUGGCGGGUACGGGACACAAAAUAGCUUGCAGGGACCAGGCAGGAAAAAACAAAUGAAAAUUGGAAGCAAGAGUAAGAAAAGAGGUAAGGCUGUUGCCCAAAACUGGUUCGUGGGCACGCUUUCGUACAAGUCAGAUGUUCCAAGGACUUGCAAGGGUGUAUUUGGCAACCGGCUGCGGAGGCAGGAAUACGAGCGUGAUAGGCGAGGCCUGCAAGACGCGAUCCCGUUUUGGCGUUGA